AUGUCGAUUGACGAGAAACAGGAUCCUUGGAGCACUAACAUUGAGGACGGACACAAAGUAGACCUUCUGGACGUGCCCAAACGAGUAUACACUACGCCCUUCCUCGAUGAGCUCGUCAGCCGACCUCUUAACCCAUUGACUCUGCCCAAGCUUAUUGUAGGAGUCGCUUUAUGUGGCAUUCUUUACCUAGCCCAGAAGGUCUUGGUUUUAUUACCAGAGGCACCUGCAGGAACCAAUGACUUUCUGGGUUACGCCUUGAAAAAGGAAUUCACUGGCUUGUCUCAAGUCGACUCCAUUCUAUCGCUCCUGGUCUGGGCAUUUUCUGAACAAGUCUCCGGCUCUGACCUCAACAAGAGACUUCAGUGCCUCUACUUCUUGAUGAAUUUGAUCCCAGUGAUCUACAUCUGGACAGUUGAAGGCUAUCGAAACGGCAACCAGCUGACGCUCGUGUCGUGGGCUUCGCUAUACGCGGUCUAUCAGCUCGUUGGAAUCGGAAAAGUCGCACCCGUAUACUACCUCAUCAGCUUGUACACUACUGAUAGGAAAGUCUACACUCGUCCCACUGGCCGGCCGAUUCCAUCCUCAGUCGCGAGGGUUUUACCAGCAGCUCUCUGUUUUGGAUACGUCGUUCCGACCAUUCUUAUGUUCACUCAGUACGGAGACAACAUGGCACAACAGAACGCUAUAGCCUUCUGGCAGCCUUCUCCCGUCUAUGUCUCUAUACUGACCUGGGUCUUCUCCGGUAUUCUCCGGUAUGUGUCGCCCACCACAAAGUCUUUGGACUGGGAAAUAUUCGAUCAAAAGGAUCUUGGUUCCUUGCGAAUCGGUUACGCCCUUUGCUUUUUCACCACUGCAGUCCUACACAUCUGCGUUUUUGUAUACGCACACCUCAGCCCUUCGGUAUCGUUUGUCAAGGCGUUCUUCGAUCUUCCGACUGUUGCGUCAAUGAGCUUGGGACACGACAUCAGCGGGUUUUGGAAGUAUGACAUGCUUUUGUGUUUCGGUGCGGUUGCGACCUGGUGCCUAUACAGCGUGUAUGAGCUGCGGCGGCUUGGAUACGUAACAACGCGGACAGCGGUCGGGGCUGCGAUGGCCACUUCGCUGGGAAACAUUGUCAUUGGACCGGGCGCGACUUACGCUGCCUUAUGGGCUUGGAGGGAAGAUAUCAUCGCAGGAUUAGUAAAGGAGUAA